CUGCAAGUACAAGCAGCAGCCACGUACUCAUCACUCUCAGCAAAGACCUGUACGAGCAAGGCUGAGGAAUCGAGAUGGCGGGCCUGAAAGUGCUGAGGCUGCUCGCCGUGGCCGUGGCAGCGAUGGCGCUGGCCUCGCCGGUGGUGCCGGUGGUGUCCGGGCAGCAGGUCGCCGGGCCGCUGUCGUGCACGACGUCGCUGGUCUCCAGCUUCGCGCCGUGCCUCAACUUCAUCAUCAACAGCACGGCCUCCCCGACGGCCGACUGCUGCCGCUCCCUGGGGGCGCUGAUGAAGGCGAGCAGCGGCUGCGCCUGCCUCAUCCUCACCGGCAGCGUGCCGCUCGGCGUGCCCGUCAACCGGACCAUGGCCGUCACGCUGCCCAGGGCCUGCAACAACGCCUCCGUGCCGCUGCAGUGCCAAGACGCGACGACGUCGGCUCAGACCCCGGCUCCGGGUCCGGUGGCGGACGCGCCUGCUCCCUCCUCCUUGGCCCCGCUGCCGCCCGUGACGACCCCGGUGUCGACGCCGGAGGCUGAAGCGCCGGCGCCGACGACGGCGACGCCUGUGUUGGAGCCCACGGCCACGCCGCCGGUCAGCCAGGGGCAGACGAGGCCGACGGUUGUGCCCAGCGCUGCCUGGAGGAGGGCGAGCGGCCACGUGUGGCCUGCCGUUGUGCUGCUGCUCGCAGGAGCUGGAGUCGCCAUGGUGUGAGAUGUGAUCCCCUUGCGGUGGUUAACUCAAUAUGCGUUGGAAUUUUAUUUGGUGGAGUGUUUUGGUGAAUUUUUAGCAACAGUUUGGUACGCGGGAUUGUAUUAAUAUUUGUUUAUUUAGCGAUUUGGAGUUAUGAACUCAGAACCUGCAUGUAUUUAGUUUAUUCUUUCAGGUUGAUUGAGAAUUGAUGGCAUGAUUUAUGUA